AUCUCAGCUAACUUCACUCUCUGCGUCAAUCUCAUAAUGACCUCGCCUUCUGCAGAUGAUGGAGUGACAAUUGCUCUCACCCUAACAACGAGUUCGCCGACUCUUUCGCUUUCCUCUUCCCACUCUCUUGAGGUGUUUGUCUGCGCCCGCAUCAUCCAGUCCACGUGCCCGGGCCGACCAGUCGCCAUCGCCGCCGACCGGUCUGUGUUUGCAGGCGAGGGUUUAGAAAUCGGCGUUUUUGGGCUUGGUGCCGUCUCUAGGCAGGAUCCAUCGCGAGUCAUCGAUUUUGGAAUUAUUAGACCGCGCUAUCGUGACGACUUUGAAGGGCCAAGCUUGUCUGAAAGAGGGUACCGCCUCCUCACCAUCCCAGCCGAUGGUACGGGCAUCGUGGUCCCUUAUGAAAUAUCGUUUGAUCGGCUGUUCAAACAUUCUACACUUCGUCCGGAAGAUAUUACAUCCGGGGAAGAGUUCGAGAUUAAAGUCAACCAUGGUCGAUGUGAGGUCUUGUGGUGGUGCUGGGGAGAUGUAGAGGGAGACCUCAAAGGGAAGAACCUACACGCAUGGUCGGAAGGAGGGAAUUAUUUGUGCUCGUUUGAUGAGCGGCCGAGUGAAAAGGUGAUCGAGGGAGGGAACUACAUCCUGGGAGGGGAUGUGGACAAGUUCGAGGUAGAGGAUCAAACAGGGCCAGUCGCUAUCAGGAUGAUCCCCUAACUUCGGUAACAUCC